UUUAGGGGAAAGGCGCCGGCCAUUUUGGACAGCAGUACGUUGGAUUUGUCUGCAACAACAACAACGACGUACAGCUGUCGCAAUGCUGCGUCAAACUCAUUCACCGUGGUGACGUAUCCCUUCACUAUCAUCAAGCUACCUGAAUUCAGUUACCUGAAUUGACCAUUAGGAAGGAAUGGAGAAGAGCGUUGUCAACGUACUGCGGGGAAGUCUGGAGAGGCUGCCACCUCUCAAUUCUAGACUGGUUCGUAUCUUCAUCAGCUCCACAUUUACAGAUACAAUUUUGGAAAGAAACAUUUUGAUGGAAGAUGUGUACCCAAAGAUCAAAGACUUCUGCAAGAGAAGAUAUGGACUUGAUUUCCAGAUUGUGGAUAUGCGCUGGGGGGUGAGGCGAGAAGCCAUGGAUGACCACUCUACCUCACAGCUUUGCCUGCAGGAGAUUUUCAACUGUCAGAAACUCUCAACCGGACCAAACUUUGUGAUAUUUCUAGGUCAGAAGCACGGGUUUCGUCCUCUUCAAUGUACAAUAGCAGAAGAAGAGUUUCAGAAAUUAAGAAGUGUACUGUUGAAGCAUGACCAUGACACCUCCCUCGUUGACCAAUGGUAUCAACGGGACGAUAACUCCGUUCCCCCAGUCAUGGUUCUUCAGCCAAUCAGCUCAUUGCUCUCUGAAGAUCAGAAUAAAGCUGGAAAAUGGAAAGAAAUUUCCAUUAAUCUCAAAAACAGUUUAAAAUUUGCCAGUCAGGAAUGUUUUGAGAAUGGCCUCAUCGAUGGAGACACAAAACACAAAUAUUUCAUGUCGGUAACGGAGGAGGAGGUGAUCCAUGGCAUUUUGAAAUCUGACAGCGAUCCAUCUCGUUCCUGUUUGUGUUUUAUUCGCAUCAUUGAGGAUCUGGACAACAAUUUAUCAGACAAUAUAGCCUGGCGCUUCAUUGACAUGAAUAACUCUGUCAUAGACACUGAAGCUCAGCAGCUGCUGCAGACUCUCAGAGAUGAAAAAGUGGCGAAAACGGUCAAAGAGAAAAAUAUUCACAAAGUAAGAUGGAGUUCAGGAGAGGGCAUUGGCAAGGAAAAGCACCAGGAAUAUUUGAGUGCAUUUUGUGAGCAGUUCUACUGUGGUGUUACAUCUAUGAUCGACAAAGCAAUGAAGGAAGAAAACUUUGCUAUGGCCAAUGACUUGGUGGUAGAAGUUCUUCAGCAUGCUCUAAUGGCUGCCAGCAGGUGUGACGUGUUUCAUGGACGAGAGGACAUCAUGACAAAGGUUCAGGAACAUGUGACCAGCUCUUCUGCCUCUCCAUUGGUCAUUUAUGGAGAUUCAGGUUGUGGCAAAACAUCAGUCAUGGCAAAGGUUGCGAGCCUGAUACCCAAGUGGUUUGACCCAGGACGUACCCCAGUUGUGGUCCUACGAUUUUUAGGCACAUCCCCAAGGAGCAGCACCAUUCGCAAGGUUCUCUUCAGUAUAUGCCGACAAAUAGCUGCCAACUAUCAACAAGAUCUUUCAUCUGAGGUACCGUGGGAGUUAAAUGAACUUUUGACUUUCUUUAACAAACAACUGGAGAGGAUCCCAAAAUCCAAGCCCCUGGUUCUUAUCCUGGACUCCUUAGAUCAGCUCUCCGCAGAGAACUUUGCUCAUAAACUUAACUGGUUACCCAAGGAUCUUCCUUCACAAGUAACUGUCAUAGUUUCCACCUUGCCGCAGCAUUUUGGUAUACUGAAGCGGCUACAAGACGUGCUCAUUGACAAGUGUUUCCUACACGUACCGUCCCUAGGGGAAGACCUAAGCCUUCAGGUGUUGCAGUCUUGGCUGACAGCCAAGGGCAAGUCUCUAACUCAGGAGCAAUUAGCAUUGGUCCAGACAGCGUGUGAAAAAUGCAGCCUUCCUCUUUACGUCAAACUGCUGUAUGAGAAAGUGAUUCUGUGGCGGUCUUACACAAAGGAUCCAAGUGAGCUAGCCCUUCAUUACACACUUCAAGAAAGCAUCAAGAGUUUGUUUGAAAGGUUGGAGGGGAAACAUGGUGAACUCCUGGUACGCCAUUCCCUGUCCUACCUAACAGCGUCUCAGAAUGGCCUUAGUGAAGUGGAACUGGAAGACUUGCUCUCAUUGGACGAUGAUGUACUGAAUGAUGUUUAUCAAUACCAUGUCCCACCCAUUCGGAGAAUCCCUCCUCUAAUUUGGGUAAGAAUUCGGCACGACAUUGCUGCAUACCUGGUUGACAAAGAAGCAGAUGAGACUAGGGUGUCUUUCUGGUAUCACAGACAGUUCAUUGAGGCUGCUAGGGAACGCUAUCUCCAUGACAACUCAUUUGCACAAAAAAUACACUCAGCAAUAGCAGAGUAUUUCACUGGUCUGUGGCAUGGCGUUGCUAAGCCAUUCUUUUAUAACAAGGCACAACAGGAGAAACUUGGCUUGUUGGAAUCGGGAUCAUCAGCUGACAGGAAAGUUGCAGCUCAGCCUUUGACCUUUAGCAAUGAUGGUGGAAAUGAGAAGCGAUAUAACAAGAGAAAACUCAACCAGUUGCCAUACCACCUGGCAAUGGCUGGACGUGAUGAGGACCUCAAACACAUGUGUCUGUUUAGUUAUCAAUGGCUUCACACUAAACUUGUAUCUACCUCAAUACAACAGGUUCUGGAUGACUUCAAACCAUUGGAGAAAGACUCUGAAGUUGCUCUGUUACAGAAAGCUCUCAGCAUGUCACAGGUCACCCUGAACACACUGCCAAGUUCUUUAGCAUUGGAGAUAAGUGGACGUCUCUUGCCAUACAUUGCCACGGACAAGUUUAAUACAAAGAGUUCAUGUCUGUAUGCGUUGUUGAGGGAGUGCUUUGAUCAGGGUCCUGGUCAAUUGCAUUUGGUGCCAAGACAACAGUGUUUCACCUCUCCUGGGGGACCAAUGAAAUACCAGUUUGAGCACCCACAAAUCCCCGUUGGUACCACCAAUGUGGCGUUAUCUCCAGACUCUCAGCACCUGUUCACCCUGACCAAUACCAAUGACCUUCUAAUGUGGGAUUUGGAUACUGGAGAAAUUGAAAAACAGCAGCAGUUACUUCCCCUUUCAGAAGGUAAACUUAAUGUAAUGAAGCUCAUGCUGGACCAGAAGAACCUUGUGGUUGGAUCAGUGUUUCAGAAGGAAACAAACACAAAUCCUUUGGUUAUCAUAGAUUCAGUAACGGGUGACGUGGUUGAGUCCUUAAAACUAGGCACGAUUUCCCUCCCUUUAGGUUUCACGGACAGUCUUAACUUUGGAGUGACUGAGGACAAAGUUUUACAGAUUAUUACAGCACAAUAUGUUUGUUGUUUUGCCCGCAACACCGGCUUACUCCUUAAGCAGAUUCCUCUGAAGUGCAAUGAGUCAUUUGUGUUUUCAGACAGACAAUGUGCCAUCUUCCACAUUCAACAAAGCAACGUAUAUGAAAUGUACAAUCUGGACACUUUGGAGAAACGUGGGGAAGUAGUUUGUAAGAAUACACCACUCAGACUGUGCACAAGCAAGCUUGCACACCAAGCAUUUAUUGCCUUUAAGAACAGUUCCUCUGUUCAAGUUGUUAAUUUAGACCCAAAAGAUGGAGAUAUUGGGAAAACAGUGCUAAUGAUUGACCAUGGUAAACACACAACAGGCCUGUUGAAUGACAUGGUUAUAUCCCAAGACGAGCAGUACCUUUUGCUAAUGACCAAAGAUGGAAUUACCCUUUGGAACCUGGCGUUCAUGAAAUUCUUCAGGUUCUUUCCCAUUCCCGAUGAUAUCAGACCAAACCGAAAUGUCCUUGGUUUUACAUCCCUUCUGAGUCCAGACUCCGAAAUUCUAUUAUCCACGUAUGAAGAGCAUUUAUUACUAUGGAGGGUUAAGUCUGGCCAGCUACUGAGAGUGAUUCUAGCAGAUAAGUCUCAACUCAUCUCCUUGACUAUAACUAAUGACGGCAAAUAUGCAGUGACCACUUCAAAAAACAAUAACAGCAUCAAGGUGUGGAAACUGAGUAGUUUUGAUGAGCAAACUUUUGAGCCUUUAGCAAUGUCAUCAUCGUGCAGGUAUUUAGACUUGUCACGGGAUGGGGAGUUAAUGGUUGCCAGGAGCAACCAACCAUAUGAUGUUGCUGUGGUGUCUGUCCAACAGGGCCAGAUAAUUUCACGGCCGUCCAAGGACUUUGAUGUCCUGUCGCCAUCUAUGUCCCCUGAUGGAAAGUCAAUAGUCCUACGAGAGUACACCUCAGAAGAAGCUGUGAAAGUAUGGGACGCUGGUACUGGCUCCCUGACAGCCAGAAUUCCUGUGUCCAGCAUUCAGUUAAAACUCGUUUCCAUCAGUGCGGAUGGUACAAAGGUUGCCACUGUGUCUGAGUCAGAAAUAACAGCAGAGGUGAAUGCAAAAGUUUGGUCUGCAAGGGAUGGAAAAAUCCUUCAUACUUUGCAGCUUCAGAGAGGUUUUGUCAAUCAGGUGCAUUUUGUGCUUGAUGACAGCAGUUUGGUGUUUAGCAAGCAGAUGGCAGACAGCCAAGAUGUACAGCUUCUAGAAGUGGCAGUCUAUGACUGUCAGUCUGGCAACAAAGUCCUGUCAUUCCCAAAUGUGAAAAGAGAAACUUUGCAUAUAUUCCAUGAUGACAGUACAAAGGUUCUGGUGGUUAGAAGCACAGCAAGUUCUCCAGGCAUACAGACGGAAGAACUUGUCUUGUUGAGUCUAGUGACAGGGGAGAUAAUUGUAACCUGUCCUGACACUCCUGUGAGGCGGCUUUCCAUUUGUGGGAAUGGAACAAGAGGCAUUGAUGCUGGAAAGUAUAUAUUUGACCUUGUUGAAGGUCGGCGUCUGUUCACAUUUGAAGAAGAGGUCACCAAGCGUUUUCACAAUCCACAGUUGAGCUGGGAAGGAACACAUGCUGUAUGGAUCAGCCUGGAACCAGGUAUUUUUAAGCUAGGACAUGUUCCUUCGCGGCAGAUCCUAGCCAUCUGUCCAGUACACAGCAUUCUCAUGGCGCUCUUCAUCACACGUAACAAUACUGUAGCUGUUGGGUGUGAAGAUGGUAGACUAAUGCUGCUGCAAUUGUGUGAAUCGUCAGAAGAUGGAAUCGAGUUGUUUGAACAAGCUUUAGAAAGACAGCGUGUGAUUCUGGGCAAAAAUCCGAACAAAACUGUUAAUCCCCUGGUAUCUCAGAAGACCCAAUCAGGCUUUUGUUAUCUGGUGUAGCCAGAG